CAAAUUUGCUUGCUUAUAAAUAAUAAAACAAACAAAAAAAAAAAAAAAACUGUAAUACAUAUAGUAUGGGCGUGACUGUGCUACAACCAUAUCCACUGCCUGAGGGCAAAUCUGGUUCCCACAUUAUGGAUCACCUGGGCAAGCGCCUGCUCUCACUGGGCGCCACACACGCCGGCCAGUUUUUGGUGGACUGCGAAACUUUUAUCUCAACGCCGCAGCACGGAACACCGACCCGAGCCGUCCAUGUGCUGCACAACUCCGAGUAUCCAGCUUCAACAUUCUCCAUAAUUGACAAUGGCACUGGCAAACAAGUGGCCCUUGUGGCUGACAGCAUUUUUGAUUUGCUAAUGCUAAAAAUGACCUCCACAUUUACGUCCAAGAAACAAACGAAGAUUGAGUCGCGCGGCGCUCGCUUUGAGUAUGGCGAUUUUGUGAUUAAGCUCGGCUCCGUUACCAUGAUGGAGCACUUUAAAGGCAUACUCAUUGAGAUCGAUUAUAGGCCUUGCAUAACGCUUUCCUAUUGCUGGGAUAUGAUACGCGAAAUGCUGCAGGGCUUCCUCGGCAUCAGUGUGGCCAAAGAGUAUCCCACCUAUUUCACCACACAGACGAUUAUGAAUGCAAUGGGCCAGCAGCAGCUGCACGCCAAGCAGAAUGACACCUACGAGCCGAUGGACACGGUUAAACAGUAUCUGGAGCACUUUACCAACUAUCGCAAGCAUGUCCAGCUGCACGGCGCACUGAGUAGUGCGGCUGGGUCUAUCGGUUCUGUGAUGAUGCCCUCUACGGUUGGCAUGGGGCGCUCUUGAUGCGAGGUGAAGCUGGAGCCGCCAGAUGCCACCUAGCAACAAGCAGGAACUCCAGCCUCUUUUUGAAUAAGCAAAAACUCAACGCAAAUUUUAAUAAUUUUUUGUUCCUUUUUUUAUUAUUAUUUUGUAUGUAUUUUUAACACAAUAGUUGUAUAUAAUAUAUAUAUGUGUAUGUGUAUAUGUAUGGUAAUAUCUUAAAUUAUGCGUAUAUGCAAGUUACUCUCGCACGAAUAUUUCUGCAAAGUACAGUUGCGUCCAAUGCGCUUAAAAUGUAAAAAAAAAAAAAAUUUUAAAAAUUCGGAAUAUCGGAUUCUCGAUA